UUGCUUAAAGAAUGGGCCAGUAGGCAGAAACCUCCUCUCACCUUUUCACACUCCACCUUGCCCUUUCUAUAUUCUUUCUUAUGGCCAGAUCACUUGCUUAAUGUCACAAGUUUGCCUCAAUUUCAAGAGAACAAUGAUUCCCUUUCUUUGGUUAAUACUUCUAACACACAUCAGGUGGGUGAAUACAGCAGAUCUAGCAAAUGUUUCAACUUCACAGGUUCAAAACAUAUUCAUAUUAGCCGGACAAAGCAACAUGUCCGGCCGUGGCGGUGUCAUUAAUCAUGGACAAAAUGGCCUGGUUAAUGAGACAUGGGAUGGUGUUAUUCCACCAGAAUGUCAAUCCAACCCAAACAUCCUUAGGCUGAAUGCAGGAUUUCAAUGGGUUGAGGCUCAAGAACCACUUCACCAAGACAUAGAUUUGGGUAAAGUUUGUGGAGUUGGGCCAGGUAUGUCAUUUGCCAAUUCAGUUCUGAAAAGAGAUCCAAGUAUUGGAGUGAUUGGUUUGGUGCCUUGUGCUAUUGGUGGAACAAAUAUCAGUGAGUGGGCUCGUGGGGGUGUUCUGUAUAAUCAUAUGAUAAGGAGAACAGAAGCUGCUUUGCAAGGAGGUGGGAAACUUCAAGCUUUGCUGUGGUACCAAGGUGAGAGUGAUACAGAGACACUUGAGGAUGCCAAAUUGUACAGAUUUAGAUUGAAGAGAUUAUUCAAGAAUGUGCUCCGUGAUCUACAGUCACCUACAUUGCCUGUGAUUCAGGUGGCAUUGGCAUCAUCUAUAGGGUCUUAUAUGGAGCAGGUUAGAAAAGCUCAACUGAGUGUUAAUCUUCCAAAUGUGAGAACUGUUGAUGCCAAAGGACUCCCUGUAGGGAUGGAUUAUGUGCACAUUACCACACUAGCACAAGUCCAUCUUGGUCAGAUGCUGGCUGAUACCUUCCUUCAGACUCAGACUACUCAGGCAGUUCUUCUCCCUAUUCAGACAGAUUCAGUGACUAGUCAUGCCCCCAAAAGUUGCUCAAAUUUUGCUAUGGAUCUUUUACUUAGUCCGUUUCGAUAAUUCAGAGAUCGGAGAUUUAGUCGUGGGAUCAAGAUUAUGCAACCCGUCUAUAUGGUUCAUGAUUGCUUCAAUUCAUUCAAAAAGUCUUAAAACCACAGAUUGGAACCGUACCAAAUCAAGUAAUUUACUGGAGUACAAAGUUUCCGUAGGGUAGAUGAUACUCAAACCUCAGAGAAGGCCAACAUAUAUAUCCCACUUUACAACUUAUACUCUAUUGAUCACUCGUUCAAUUAUUUUCACAAGGCAAAGCCAAAGAUCUAUUUCAUGUUUCAUAAAGCUCAUAUGUAUACCUCACUAGCACACAUAGUGUAUAUAUAUAUAUAUAUAUAUA